UCGGCCAAUCCAAGAACCUGAGGCAAAAAAAGCCCAAAGCAAAUCUCUCUCUCACCAAAUUUUUUUGUCUCAUCAAAAUCUCCAGCAUGAAUUUUUCAAAAACCCAAUUGUCUCCUACAAUAAAUACACAUUGAUUCACGAGCCAGAGGUGAGUGAGUGAGUGACUCAGUCGUCGUAGAUUCCGAGUUAGUUUUGACAGAUUUCCCCCAAUCCGAAUCAUGGAGAUGGAUUCCAUGGCGUCGGCGAUUGGGGUUUCGGUGGCGGUCCUCCGCUUCCUCCUCUGCUUCGCCGCCACCAUCCCGGUCAGCUUCCUCCACCGCCUCGUCCCCGGCGGCCCCGCCGCCCGCCACCUCUACGCCGCCGCCACCGGCGCGUACCUCUCGUACCUCUCGUUCGGGUUCUCGUCGAACCUGCACUUCGUCGUGCCGAUGCUCCUGGGCUACGCUUCCAUGGUGCUCUGCCGGAAGUACUGCGGCAUCGUCACUUUCUUCCUCGGCUUCGGUUACCUCAUUGGAUGCCAUGUGUACUACAUGAGCGGUGAUGCGUGGAAGGAAGGAGGUAUCGAUGCUACAGGUGCCCUGAUGGUAAUAACACUGAAAAUCAUAUCGUGUGUCAUUAAUUACAACGACGGGUUGCUUAAAGAAGAAGGCUUACGCGAGGCUCAAAAGAAAAACCGUCUCCUCAAACUGCCGUCGUUACUCGAAUACUUCGGCUACGGUCUAUGCUGCGGAAGUCACUUUGCGGGCCCAGUCUACGAAAUGAAAGACUAUCUAGAAUGGACCGAGAGAAAAGGGAUAUGGCAACCGACAAAGCAAGGACGAUCACCCUCUCCUUAUUUUGCCACUCUCAGAGCGCUUAUACAAGCUGCUAUAUGUAUGGGCUUGUAUCUAUAUCUCGUACCGCAUUUCCCACUCUCUCGAUUUACUGAACCAGUGUAUCAAGAAUAUGGAUUCUUGAAAAGAUUGAGCUAUCAGUACAUGUCGGGGUUGACUGCUCGUUGGAAAUACUAUUUUAUUUGGUCUAUCUCGGAAGCUUCCACUAUUAUUUCUGGUCUGGGGUUCAGUGGUUGGUCGAAUUCAGAUCCAAAUAAACCACUGUGGGACCGUGCGAAGAACGUGGAUGUAUUAGGUCUUGAGCUGGCAACUAGUGCUGUGCAGAUACCGCUCGUGUGGAAUAUUCAAGUUAGCACCUGGCUUCGACACUACGUAUACGAGAGGUUGAUUCAGAACGGCAAGAAACCAGGAUUCUUCCAAUUGCUGGCUACUCAAACCGUGAGCGCGGUGUGGCAUGGAUUAUAUCCUGGAUACAUCAUAUUCUUUGUUCAAUCUGCUAUAAUGAUUGCCGGUUCAAGAGCUAUUUACAGGUGGCAGCAAGCAAGCCAAACGCCUAUGAUCAAGAAUCUUCUUGCAUUGUUUAACUUUGUCUACACACUUGUCGUUCUCAACUACUCCAGCGUCGGUUUCAUGGUACUAAGCCUGCAUGAAACACUAGUUGCAUAUGGAAGUGUAUACUAUAUCGGUACAAUUAUUCCAAUAGCCAUAAUCUUGCUAGGCAAUAUCAUUAAGCCCGCGAGGGCGGCCCGACCCAAAGCCCGAAAAGAUCAGUGAGAUUUUCGGUUGCUAUUUCAGCUUGGGGGUGAGAUUAAUUAGAUGAAAGAGUUGAAAUCUGAUUAAUUUGCAUCUUUUUGUUUUUGUUUUUACUUUGUAAGAACAUCUGAUUUGGUAAUAAAGACGUUGAUCCUUAAAUUUUUUGGACACAA